AUGAAGAAUUAUACAUCACCCCCACUAUAAUAAAGUGACAGAGGGAGUAUAUAAGACACUCCUUAUUAUAUGGAAUUAAAACCCAAAAAAAGUAACAUCAAAAUAGCCAACACUGAAAGAACAAGUGGUAAAAACACUAAACAGGACUUGUUGGAAUACUUCAAAAAAGAACGAAAUACUCUAACCUAAGUAACUAAUAGUAUUAAAACUUAACUUCAAUAAAAUCGAUCCAUUGACAAUUUGAAUAGUCAGAAAAGUGAACGAUUCAAAACCCUCAAUGGGCAAUUUCAUUAAAUUCCUUUGUCUUUAGAUUAAAGGAUACAUACAGAUGAAGGAAAUAAUAUUAAGCGAUAAAUUCUCAAGGGAAAGAAUCUCUCUUUAGCUACUAUAUAGAUGGAAUCAAAGUAGUAGAAGUUAAUUACCAAAUAAAACAAAGUAAAUCAAACACCUUAAAACAUUUAUAAGAAUCCAAAAUCUACAGUAGAUCAAUACUUUUAAGACAUUCAAAUAAAAAGUGCAAAACAAUAUAAAAAUAAUCAUCAUAUGGAAUAUCAGCAGUAUUUCAAUAUUAGGGCUAACAAAAACUCAUUGUUAUAAGAAUCUCAAACAUUAAAAUAAUCAAUUGAAUAUAUCCUGUCUAAAAAUAAGGGAGAUUCAAAAAAAUUUGUUAAGCGAGUUGACUCAACUGAACUACGUUCAAUCAAUCAAUCUACUCAAUAAAAGAAUGAUUCAAUCAAAAAAAUUAAUAGAGCUGAAGAAUCAAAUCAUUAUGACCCCAAGAAACAAUUAAAAAUUAUAUUAUUUUAUAAGAAUUAAAAGUAAUUUAUAUUUAAUAUUUAGAUACAAUUAUUUAUUUGAUUAUCAAAAUAAAACAACUGAUAACCUAUAUAAUUAUUUGAUCCAACAAAUAGGUUGCAUAGAAUAAUCAUUUACUAAAUAAGGUGGAGGCACAGGAUCAACUGAAGAAAAUCAAAUUUAAUAAGGUAUUUUCUAUAAUACUCGAAUUAGAAAUCAAUAAAAUAUGCCAAUUUUAUUGUGUUUAAAAGAAUGUCCCAUAUGAUUAUUAUCUAAGUCUACCAAAUUUAUCAUUACAUGUGUUUUAAGGAAUAACUCUACAAUUAUAGCCAUUAAUUGCUUAGCCUCCUUCAGGAAAAAGAGUUACUUUGAAAGAUUUUACACUUGUGAAAUGUAUAGGUGUAGGUGGAUUUUCACGAGUAUAUUUAGUGAGAAAGAGAGACAAUGGAAAAUUUUAUGCACUUAAAUUGAUUGAUAAGAGUUUCAUUAUGGAAAAUCAAAAGGAAGUAAUUGUUUAAAAUGAAAGAGAUAUAAUGGUUAAUAUGGAUAAUUAAUUUAUCACUCCAUUACAUUUUGCAUUUGAAACAAAAUAUUAUAUUGCCUUUGUACUUGAUUAUUGUUCAGGAGGGGAAUUAUUUUUUCAUUUAAGAAAACUUAAAAGAUUAAGUGAAUAAGAUGCUAAAUAUUACUUUGUUGAAAUUUGUAUCGGAAUGGCAUAUCUUCAUUCCUAAAAUAUAGUUUAUAGAGAUAUAAAACCUGAGAAUAUAUUAUUGGAUUUGUAAGGACAUCUCUUACUCAGUGAUUUUGGACUAAGCAAACCUAAUAUGUCUCCAGAAGAUUUUGCUUAUUCAUUUUGUGGAUCCCCUGAAUAUAUGGCUCCAGAGAUGUUACUAAAGAGUGGCCACAACUAUUUAGUUGAUUGUUAUUGUUUAGGAGCAUUGCUAUAUGAAUUAGUUACAGGAUUACCUCCAUUUUAUUCACAUAAUACUUAAGAAAUUUACAAUUCAAUUUUGACAGAAUAAGUUUUGUUUCCUCCAUAUGUUUAAAUUUCAGAUUAGUUAAAAGACUUAAUUUAUCAAUUGCUAGAGAAGGAUCCAUCAUAAAGAAUAGGGUAGACUUAAGGAGUCAUUGAAAUUUUAACUCAUCCUUGGUUUGCUGAUGCUGAUUUUGAGGCCAUAGUUAACAAAAAGAUCAAACCUCCAUAUAAACCAGAGCCUUUGUAAUAUAAUUUUGAUGAAGAAGAAUUUAAUAAAGGAGAUGCAGAAUUUAGAAAAUAAUACAAUAUAAAUUUAUAAAAAGAAUAUGUAACAUUAAUAAAUUAAUUUAGUAUAAUGAGAAUUAUAGUAAUUAUAUUCUUCAAAAUUUUUAUUAUUCAAGAGAAGAUUUACCAGAAAAACCAGAACACAAAUCUAAAAGAUCUAAUAUAAUUGAUAUUACUGAACUUCACUUUGAAGGUGUAGCUGAAGAAUAAAGUUCACCAGAAAGAGUUGGAGUAUUGAAUAUUAUUAAUAUUAAAUAGAUUUUCACAAAUGAUUACAGAAGAGUAUAAAAAUAUUAAGGUAAAUCAGAUAUUCAAGAUUUAAUAAAAAGAAAUGAUCAAAAUAAUAAUAAAUCAUCUUCUCUAAUUUAAUCUUCAAAAAUAAGUCAUGUUUAUUCUAAAACAAUGCAAUAAUAACAUUCUCAUCCUGAUUUAUAAGUAUACUUUUAUAAAUAAUAGAAUUAGACUUUUAAAUUGAUGAUUGAUUCUAAUAAAAUGUAAUUAAGUUCUGAGAGAACACCUACUUUGCCUGAAAAUUAAAGUUCAAAAUUCUAAAAUAAUCGAAUUAAGACUGAAUAAAUCUCUUAGAUGUUAUAUCCUAAAACAACUACAAAUUAUUAGUUUAAUAAAUAAACAAAUCUAUAGAAAUUAUUUGGAUCUGAUAGAAGAAAAAAAUGA